AUGCCGCUCAUACAACUCGAGCCACAUCUGUUCACCAGCCUCCCUCGACACCCAGAUCUUCAAGGGGACGACAACACCCCAGAUCUGCGGGAGUUCAUCCAGGCCAUCCUUCUUGAAGCCCACCCUCUUCUCAACCAGUUCCCGUCAACAUUAAAACCAGAUUGCAAGCUGCGCUCUUCUUCACCUUCACAUGCAAAGGUGAAACUUUCGCGGGGAUGGCGAACACUCCAACCCCCCCAAGAGGGCCCAGCUCCCAAAAAGGAGUUCUGGGUAUGUCGCCAAAGCGACCACCAAGACUCUGAUCGUCUACCUGGGACAGUUUCCCUAUGGGAAUUCCACGACGGAUUGCGCUACAGGCAUGCUGAGCACGAGAUGGAGUACACACCCAGCGUGACGAGCGUAAAGCAACUGCUGAAAUGGAACGAGCCUCGACAAUGGGAUCUCAACCAACCAAUAGCUAUUGGAAACAUGACCUACAAGCAUUUCGAAGUCGAACGAUCCCAGUACGAGGGACUCUACGCACAGAUCAUGGAUGCUGUCCCGCAGCGUGCAGUCUUUGCUUACUAUGCCAGUCUCGAGCGGGUUGAGCGCGUGCUAGCUCCUGCCCCGCCAGCUUCGGGUCCGUCGGCUUCCGCGGAUUCGAACACCCCUGCUACGAACCCUGGGCGUUAUCUUCGCUGGACUAUGUUGACGACUUCUGAUGCUGGUGGGAAGAUUCCUCAGUGGGUUCAGCGAAGCUGGACGCUGGGUGGAGUGCCGCGGGCUGUUGUUUCUGAUGUGGGAUUGUUUAUUCGGUGGACCAUCAAGCGGAGGGAAGAGAGGAGGUUGGAGCAAGAUUCUCAGAUGGGGGAGGGCUAA